AUGACAUCAACGGGGAAAGAAGGCAGCGGAGCUCAACAUGCACAAUAUGUUGGACCCUAUCGCUUGGAGAAAACCUUGGGCAAAGGACAGACAGGGCUUGUGAAGUUGGGGGUUCACUGUGUAACAUGUCAAAAGGUCGCGAUAAAAAUUGUCAACAGAGAGAAGCUCAGCGAGUCGGUGCUAAUGAAGGUGGAGCGGGAAAUAGCCAUCCUGAAGUUGAUAGAACACCCCCACGUUUUAAAGCUGCAUGACGUUUAUGAAAAUAAAAAAUAUUUGUAUUUGGUGCUAGAACAUGUGUCAGGUGGGGAGCUCUUCGACUAUCUCGUAAAAAAGGGAAGAUUAACGCCAAAAGAAGCCAGGAAGUUCUUCCGACAAAUCAUCUCUGCUUUAGACUUCUGCCAUAGUCAUUCAAUAUGCCACAGGGAUUUAAAACCAGAAAACCUACUGCUGGAUGAAAAGAACAACAUCCGGAUAGCAGACUUUGGAAUGGCAUCACUGCAGGUCGGGGACAGCUUGUUAGAAACCAGCUGUGGGUCGCCACAUUAUGCCUGCCCUGAAGUGAUCCGGGGAGAAAAAUACGAUGGGAGGAAAGCGGAUGUCUGGAGCUGUGGAGUCAUUUUAUUUGCAUUGUUAGUGGGUGCCCUGCCAUUUGACGACGACAACUUGCGGCAGCUGUUGGAGAAGGUGAAGCGGGGUGUGUUCCACAUGCCACAUUUCAUCCCUCCGGACUGUCAGAACCUCUUGCGGGGGAUGAUUGAAGUGGACGCCUCGAAACGUCUCACGCUAGAACACAUUCAGAAACACAUAUGGUAUAUAGGGGGUAAGAAUGAACCAGAACCGGAACAACCAAUUCCUCGAAAGGUGCAGAUUCGUUCUCUCCCUUCCCUGGAGGACAUUGAUCCAGACGUGUUAGACAGCAUGCACUCGUUAGGCUGCUUCCGCGACCGAAAUAAACUCUUACAGGACCUGUUGUCGGAAGAAGAAAACCAAGAGAAAAUGAUUUAUUUUCUUCUCCUUGAUCGGAAAGAGAGGUAUCCCAGUCAUGAGGAUGAGGACCUGCCCCCUCGGAAUGAAAUAGAUCCCCCCAGGAAGCGUGUGGACUCCCCAAUGCUGAACCGGCAUGGGAAGCGGCGGCCAGAAAGGAAGUCGAUGGAGGUUCUCAGCGUGACAGAUGGCGGUUCGCCGGUCCCAGCUCGCAGAGCUAUUGAAAUGGCACAGCAUGGACAGAGGUCUCGGUCGAUCAGCGGAGCUUCAUCUGGUCUCUCCACCAGCCCCCUCAGCAGUCCAAGGGUCACCCCUCACCCCUCUCCAAGGGGAAGUCCCCUCCCUACCCCCAAGGGGACACCCGUCCAUACGCCAAAGGAGAGCCCAGCAGGCACACCCAACCCAACGCCACCAUCCAGCCCCAGCAUUGGAGGAAUGCCCUGGAGGACACGGCUCAACUCAAUCAAGAACAGCUUCCUGGGGUCUCCUCGAUUCCAUCGCCGGAAAUUGCAAGUACCUACACCAGAGGAGAUGUCCAAUUUAACCCCGGAAUCUUCCCCAGAGCUUGCCAAAAAAUCCUGGUUUGGUAACUUUAUCAACCUGGAGAAAGAAGAACAGAUCUUUGUGGUCAUUAAAGAUAAACCACUAAGCUCCAUCAAGGCUGACAUUGUGCACGCUUUCCUUUCGAUUCCCAGCCUCAGUCACAGCGUCAUCUCACAGACAAGUUUCCGUGCAGAGUACAAGUCCACGGGGGGUCCCGCUGUCUUCCAGAAGCCAGUGAAGUUCCAGGUGGACAUAACAUACACAGAAGGGGGCGAGGCACAGAAGGAGAAUGGGAUCUACUCAGUCACUUUCACGCUCUUAUCAGGUCCAAGCCGUCGCUUCAAGAGGGUAGUAGAAACCAUUCAGGCACAGUUGCUAAGCACACAUGACCAGCCUUCAGUGCAGCAGUUAUCAGACGAGAAGAACGGGCAGGUGAGCCAUCCCCCCGGCACGCCAACCAAGCAUAGCGCAAACAGCAAGCGGAGCGAUUCCGAUGCUAAUGACUAUGGGUCUAGAGGAGACAAUAAGUACCCCGCUGGCAAAGACAAGGCAAAGAUGGUCUCAUCAGUCGGCCUACAAGACCAACCUUAAAUAAAUACCUUUAAAAAAAUUAAAUAACUUAAAAAACAAAA